AUGGCUCUAUUAGCUAUAGUAAUUCCCUGCUUCCUCCUGGUGGUUCUUGGUUCCGCCUGGUCUUGCCACACCCCGGCUGACUUUGUGGCUGUCACUUCUCCUGGACAUAUCAUGAUUGGAGGUUUGUUUGCCAUUCAUGAAAAAAUGCUGCCCUCAGACGACCAUCCCAGGCGACCACAAAUCCGGAAAUGUGUUGGCUUUGAAAUAUCAGUGUUUCUUCAAACUCUGGCUAUGAUACACAGCAUUGAGAUGAUUAAUAACUCGACACUGUUAUCCGGAGUCAAACUGGGCUACAAGAUCUAUGACACUUGUACUGAAGUCACAGCGGCCGUGGCAGCCACUCUGAGCUUCCUCUCUAAGUUCAACUGCUCCCGAGGAACUGUGGCCUUUCAGUGUAACUAUUCCAGGUACACACCAAGGGUAAAGGCCGUCAUAGGUGCUGGCUACUCUGAAAUAUCCAUGGCUGCCUCAAGAAUGCUGAACUUACAGCUCAUACCCCAGGUGAGUUCCGAGUCCACGGCAGAAAUCCUGAGUGACAAAAUCCGCUUUCCUUCAUUUUUACGCACUGUGCCCAGUGACUUCUACCAAACGAAAGCAAUGGCACACCUGAUUCGACAGUCCGGAUGGAACUGGAUCGGUGCCCUGACAACAGACGAUGAUUACGGAAGACUCGCUCUCAACACAUUUGCAAUUCAGGCUGCAGCAAACAACAUAUGCAUCGCCUUCAAAGAGGUUCUGCCAGCCUUCCUCUCAGAUAACACCAUUGAAGUCAGAAUCAAUCACACCCUGGAGAAGAUCAUCUCAGAAGCCCGGGUUAAUGUCAUCGUGGUGUUUCUGAGGAAAUUCCAUGUUUUCAAUCUCUUCACUAAAGCCAUUGAAAGGAAAAUAAGUAAGCUCUGGAUUGCUAGCGAUAACUGGUCAACCGCUACCAAGAUUAUCACCAUUCCUAAUGUCAAGAAGCUUGGCAAAGUGGUGGGGUUUACCUUUAGGAGAGGAAAUAUGUCUUCUUUCCAUUCUUUUCUGCAAGCUCUUCAUUUGUAUCCCAAUGACAAUAACAAACCCCUACGGGAAUUUGCCAUGCUUUUUUCUGCCUGUAAGCACAUCAAAGGCAGUGACUUGAGUCAAUGCAUUUCCAACUAUUCUCAGGCAACUUUGACCUAUGACACUGCCAAGGCCACUGAAAACCACUUCUUCAUGAGAAAUGACUUCCUCUGGCAUUAUACUGAGCCAGGACUCAUUCACAGCACUCAGCUUGCAGUGUUUGCCCUGGGUCAUGCCAUUCGGGAUCUGUGCCAAGCCCGAGACUGCAGGAAACCAAAUGCCUUUCAACCUUGGGAGCUGCUUGGUGUGCUGAAAAACGUGACGUUCACUGACGGAAGGAAUUCCUUUCACUUCGAUGCCCACGGGGAUUUAAAUACUGGCUACGAUGUGGUGCUCUGGAAGGAGACCAAUGGCCUCAUGACUGUCACAAAGAUGGCAGAAUAUGACCUGCAACACGAUGCCUUCAUCAUCACAAACCAAGAAACAGAACGUGAAUUCGGGAAACUUAAGCAAAUUCUAUCUAAGUGCUCCAAGGAAUGCAGUCCUGGUCAAAUGAAGAAAGCCACAGGAAGCCAACACACCUGCUGCUACGAAUGUGUGAGCUGCCCAGAAAACCACUACAGUAACCAAACAGAUAUGGAUCACUGCCUUUUAUGCAACAACGAAACCCACUGGGCUCCGGUAAGGAGCGCUGCGUGCUUCGAGAAGGAAGUGGAGUACCUGGACUGGAGUGACUCCUUGGCUCUCCUCCUCAUCGCCCUCUCCCUACUAGGGAUCACCUUUGUUCUGGCCGUUGGCGUAAUAUUUACAAGGAACCUCAACACGCCAGUAGUGAAAUCAUCUGGGGGAUUAGUGGUCUGCUACGUGAUGCUCAUCUGCCACGCCCUGAACUUUGCCAGCACCGGCCUUUUCAUUGGAGAACCGCAAGACUUCGCGUGUAAGACCAGGCAGACCCUGUUUGGCGUGAGCUUUACUCUCUGUGUCUCCUGCAUUUUGAUGAAGUCCCUGAAAAUUUUGCUAGCUUUCAGCUUCGAUCCCAAGCUGAAGACUUUUCUCAAGUGUCUCCAUAGGCCAGUCCCCCUUGUCCUCAUCUGCACCGGCAUUCAAGUGGCCAUUUGCACGCUCUGGCUGGUCCUGGCAGCACCUGCGGUGGAGGAGAACACCUCCUUGCCUAGAGUCAUCAUCCUAGAAUGCGAGGAGGGGUCUGCGCUUGCAUUUGGCACUAUGCUGGGCUACAUCGCAGUCCUGGCCUUCAUUUGCUUCGUAUUUGCCUUCAAGGGGAGGAAGCUUCCUGAGAAUUACAAUGAGGCCAAGUUCCUGACUUUCGGCAUGCUGGUUUACUUCAUAGCUUGGCUCACAUUCAUCCCUGUCUACGCUACCACAUUCGGCAAGUAUCUGCCCGCUGUGGAGAUUAUAGUCAUUCUAAUAUCCAACUAUGGAAUCCUCUGCUGUACCUUCUUCCCCAAGUGCUACGUCAUUCUUUACAAACAAAAGACUAACACCAAAUCAGCCUUCCUCCAGAUCGUUUACAAUUACUCGUCUCACAGUGCGGACAGCCUCGCCUUGAGUCACGUCUCCCUGGACUCCGCUCCGCACGGAACAGCGACAACGAUUUCCACCCCUGGUAACAAGGAUGCAGCCUGCCAGAACCACAACCACCUUUCCACACUCGGAGCCAGGGAAAGGGCCGCGAGAGUGUCUAAAACUUCGCAUCAGAAAAGAAGUUCUAGUAUAUGA